AUGGGCGCGGGCGGCGCUCGGUGGGGCGCGCGGCGCAGCUGCGGUCCCGGUGGCUCAGGCGGCGCGGGGAGGGCGAGGGGGCCGCGGCGGCGGCGGCGUAGCGUGCGGGCGGCAGGGAGAGGCCAUCGAAGGGGCGGUGACCGGCCGAGGGGGCGGGCCCAGAGCGUCGGGCCGUCAGUCAGUCACGGCGCUCCUGCGGCGCGGCGGCGGAAAGACGCCCUCGGCGGCGGCCGGGAACGGAGAGGGAUGGGGGCCGCCGCCUCAGCUCCAAUGAGGGGCGGGGAGGCGGCGCGGGGGCGGCGGCGCGGGGGCGCGGCCUCCCUCGCGGGCCGCGGCGCAGUGCGCACGCGCGGGGAUUUCAAAUCCUCACUAGACAGCGCCGCCUUGGUUACCGCGCUUGCGCACUGCGCGCUCCGGGCGGCGGCGGAGAGACAGUGGCGCGGGCGCAUGCAGACCAGACAGACAGGGCGGGGCCGGAGGGGCGGGUGCGGGUCGGCGCUGGGCUGUGUGGGCCGCGCUGCGCGUGCGCAGACACGCCAGCGUGCCGGGUGGAAGUUUCCGCGCCGGCUGGUGUGCUGCGGUCGCGGACCGCCUGGGAAAACGAAACCGCUGCGACUGCACCGGGUCGAGCCCCCGCCCUCCCGCCUUCUCCUCGCGUGCUCUGUACGGUGGAGUGACUGGGCAGAGCCGGCCACGCGUGGCCCGUCGCUCGCAACGCGCUCCACCAAACGCGCCUGCUCUGGCAUGCGCCGCGUGCGGGCGCCACGGCCCGUGAAGCCGGAAGCAGCUCUGGUGUCCUGUGCGUUUGGUGUGCGGGUCCAGCCCAGCGGGUGCCCGCUCUGCCUCUGCCGUCCUUGGGCCUCUGCAUCCGGGCUCCGCUAAUUUUGAGCAUAAGAGAACUGCUUCCCUCGUGGUCUGUACCACCGUGGAGCAAACCUUACCAAGUACUUGGCCCUUCUCACACUGUACCAAGGUGGAAGUAAGGGCCAGGUAGCGUGCUUACUGCCUUCAGUCAGUAGCGUUAAUGCGAAUGAAUGUUUUAUCUCUGGCGUUUUCUGACCACCGGUGUAUGUGGAGAUCACAGCCAAUGAGCAGAGCCUAUGCUUUGUGUGUGGUCACGAGUGCCUGUAAUUCCAG